UUGCUAACAAAAAAGUAGUCCGCAGUUUCACUAAACAUGUUUGAAUUAGUGAUAUUUUUAUUGACCUUAAUAAUUUAUUAUUAUGUGACUUUAUCGAAAAAAUCUGGCCCAUACAAAUCAUUUUAUGAAGUUCCCGGACCUCGAAAUUUACCAGUGAUUGGAACGACGUACCUGUUUUUAGGAAAGAAUUUGUUAAAGGUAGUCCUGUCGCUGCUCAAAAAGUAUGGACGUUGCUUUCUUGUGUAUGUUCCGCAUAGAAUGUACUGUACGACAAUUCCUGAAGAAAUCAAGGUGAUACUGAAUCAUCCGAAUUCGUUGAACAAAAGCGAAGAUUAUAAACAUCUACAAGAAAUAUUCAAAAACACUCUUCUUCUGGCACCAGUGGAGGAAUGGAGGAAGCACAGGAAGUUGAUAAACAAAAGUUUCAAACAGGGAAUUCUGGACAUGUUCGUCGACGUGUUCUACGAAAAGAGUCAAAUUCUGAGCAAUAUACUAAAAAAUGGAAAAUAUGACAACCUUACUUAUCUAUUUGAAAAAUUCACUUUGGAUGUAUUCUGCGAGGCUACAAUCGGAAUAGAAUCUACAAUCCUUGUUGAUGAAAAGGAACAUGAGUAUGUUACUGCAGUUAGAACGACGCAGCAUUUGGCUUUUGACCGGGUGGCAAAGCUUUUCAAAACGAACGAUUUCUGCUAUUCCUUUUUCCCCGAAUCUAAAGUUCUCGCCAAAAACAUGGAAGAUAUGAAGUCGUUUAUUAGAAAUGUAAUAAAAUAUAAAAGAAGUGUUUCUGAGGAUGAUCACUUCCUGACAUCUGACAAGCUCCCAGUUUUGGACCUACUUUUGGAAAAUUCCAAGAAGGAACGUCUAACUGAUGAUUACAUACAGGAAGAAAUGAAUUUGUUUGCGGGAGCUGCGGCUGAUACAACAGCCUUUACAAUAGCUUACACAUGUUUAUUACUUGCAAUGCAUCCUAAAAUUCAGGAAAGAGUUUACAAGGAGAUCAUUGAUGCUGUCGGAAAAGAAGGAAUUAUAGAUCAGAGUGAUCUUUCCAAAUUUGUUUAUACCGAUAUGGCGAUCAAAGAGUCUCAAAGGUUACUUCCGGUUGUACCUUUGAUCGCUAGAAUAGCAAGUGCAGAUAUACAAUUAGGUGACAAACUAAUUCCUGCGAACACUUCAAUGUCGAUUUGCUUCCUUGAAUUGCACAGAAACCCCGACAUUUAUCCAAACCCUCUUGAGUACAACCCGGACCGUUUCUUGCCAGAAGAAGUUGCCAAGCGACCCGAUUAUACGUUCCUUCCGUUCUCUGGUGGACCCAGAAAUUGCAUUGGUAUGAAAUAUGCAUCCAUGCUUUUGAAAACUGUCAUCGCCACAAUUGUGAGAGACUUUGAGUUGACUACAAAGCAUAAAUCGAUAGCUGAACUGGACUUCGAAUCACAUGUUGUUAUGACACCCACUCAUCCAUUAGAUUUGUCUUUUAUUCCUCGAAAUAAAUAAAUGAUAAGAAAAUGGAAACAA